AGGCAGUUCAAGUUUGUCUCUUUGGGUUUGACUUUCUUGCAAGAACAGAUCCGCCAUCUCUGCUUGAAGAUGGCAGCUUCAAGAACGUUAAUGGCGUUGGCAAUUGCAGCUACAUUGGUGGUUGAAUUAGCUAUGGCGGCGAAUUAUACAGUCGGAGAUUCAGAUGGCUGGGAAAUAGGCACCGACGUGCAGUCGUGGGCUGCAUCCAAAAACUUCACUGUUGGAGAUGUUAUCAGUUUUGUGUAUUCGGCGAACCAUGAUGUGGUUGAAGUGAAAGAGGUGGAUUUCGGGUCCUGUUCAGGUAGCAACCCCAUUGAGAAGCACACCGGCGGCAACACAGCCAUCACGCUUUCGACUGCAGGCAAAAGAUUCUUCAUUUGUGGGGUGCCUGGCCACUGCACUGCCGGAAUGAAGGUUCAAAUUGACACCCUUGCAGCUUCGUCACCGCCGCCUUCCUCCACGGAUGCACCUCCGUCUCCACCACCGCAUGCCACUCCAUCUUCACCGCCACCUGCCUCACCACCGCCUUCCUCCAAGGAUGCACCUCCGACCCCACCACCGAUAGUCGCUCCAUCUUCACCGCCGCCUGCUUCUCCUCCAAAAUCUGCAACGAAGCCACCCACAAAGUCUCCUCUGGCUCCAUCACCUGGUUCUAACGCAAGCCCACCAGCGCCGCCCUUUAAACCAACUCCACCAUCAUCAGCACCGACACCGGAGCCUCCAAUCCCUCCAUUUCCAUUUGAUCAGCCAUUGAUUCCCUCAGCAGCCCCCACAACUCCACCUCCGCCUCCUUCAUCAGCUUACAAAUGCAGCUUCAUGGUUCAUUUCUCUGUUGGAUUCAGCUUUGUUGCCAUAAUUCUUUUGGCCCUCUGAAAAUUUUUCAUUUUCCGCAUACAUUUUCCUGUGAUCCUACAAUAUUUUGUUCCAAUGCUUUUACUCUACGGGGUUCUUAUGAAUAAUAGGCCCUUUACCAGCUAUCCAUUUCAAAGUAUCUUAUAGACGUUUCAAAUUCUGCUCCCAAA